GAAAUGGUCAGCAUGAAGGGAAUGGUAAUUUCAUUGCUGUGCUUUUGUGUCUUGUAUAGAGAUGUUGAAUCUACAAGCAGACGUUUGUUUUCUGGAAGAGCUAGAGUUCACCGAUUUUCAACUGGCAGAAAUUAUUACACUUUGUCUAGAAACAAUAGAAGAAACGGGUUAACGGUUUCCCGACUGGCUUCACAACAAAAUGGUUGUCAACUAUCUCGAGUUAGUGCAAUAUGUACGGUGACGCCAACUAGACGAAAUUCAAUAGAAGGAAGAAUAUAUUUUGUUCAAGACGUGAAUUCACAGUGUGAACAUAACAGCUGGCUAACGGUUAAAGUUGAACUACAAGGUUUGGACUCCAGUAUUGGUGUUGUUAAUCAUGGUCUUCACAUCCACCAAUUCGGUGAUUUGGGUAACGGUUGUUUAGCAGCAGGCUCACAUUAUAAUCCCUUCACUAAAUAUCACGGUGAUAGAAAUACAUAUGAAAGACAUAUUGGUGAUAUGGGUAAUGUACGAGAAGACAAUGAUGGGUCUAUUAGAGAAAUAUUUACUAUUCCGAUAACCUCAAUUGUUGGGGAAAAUUCGGUCAUCGGACGAACUGUGGUGCUUCAUGCUGGACAAGAUGAUCUUGGUCUAGUAAAUAAUGAAAACAGCAGAACAACUGGCAACUCUGGUUCAAGACUAGCCUGUUGUGUAAUAGGUCAUUCUAAUCAAGUUCCUGAUGAUUUCGAAGAUUAAGUUAAGAGAUUCCUUUGGAAAACAGCUGCAUUUCACUUCAUCAUCAGACCAUAAUAUAUGGGAUGAGAGCAGACUUUCUAAAUGUUUCUUCUGUGUGCUCCAAACCCAGUAUUUUUAUUAUUAUGUCUAAUCAUUUUGAAGUAUAAUCCCUUGUAUACUACUGUGUUGUGAAAGUUGAAUGUCUAAUAGGAAUAUCAAUCCAAAAUCGGUUCAAUUCCGUUCAAUAUUUACAGUGAUAUGACGAAUUGAAAAUUCCAUCAAUCUAUUCUCCUUCCUAUGUAACAAGCUGCAGCCAUCUUUAUUUUCCGUUAACCAAAUUGAUAGGUUUGUUUUAAACCCGAAUAAAUUUUAAGUCCGGAAAUUAUCUAGUCUUAGUAUUUUGAUUUUGUUUUCUGAAUUAAAGCUGCAUUAUGGAAAGAGCUGGCAAUUCUCACUAUAAUAGUUAAUAACAAGAUAAUGCAAAGGACAUUUUCUGAAAAUUUCUGUCAAAUUGAUCCAUUCUGAACCGAGAAUUUAGCGAUUGAAUUUUAGUCCUAGCUUCGAUCAUCAUUACUAAAGUCUGUACGAUAAAAACAUAGUCUCGAUUAUCCAUUUUUUGAUUUAAUCAUCAAUGAAAGUUGGGCAGCAGAUCGGAUUCAAAUCCAGUAAAUAUCACAGGCUAGCGUUGACAUCGAGAGUUGAUUAUGGCCUGGAUAAGUUAAUUAAUGUCUAAUUAAUAAUUUAGAUAACAUUUCAGGCCCAAACAAAGACCUACAAUAGGCAGAUUGAGCUCUUGCAUAAUGUAUGUUUAAAUUAUAUAUAAUCAAUUAAAUAAUUUGAUAAUUUCCGAAAAAUGCAUAGGCCUAUGACCCAUCGUUACUUUAAAUAAAACAAAUGGAAACAACAGAUCUAACUAUGAUGGCGAGCAAUGGAUACUAAUCAGUUUAUAUUGAUGUUUAUUAACGGAUGUUGUUUAUAAGUGAGUUUAUUCCCCAAGUAAUAAAUCCAUUGAGACAUUUUGACUUUUUUUUUCUCAUUGAUCUAUCACAGUGAGUUGAUUAAGUGGGGGACGUUAGAUUGCGUUCACUCCCACUUAACACAAACUAGGUCAUUUCUAGACUAAUAUUAUAUAUUCAGUACAAAAAUGUCCUUGGGUUUAGGGGUCUUUAGCAGUGGGAGCAAACCGGGGAUAACUUACGAUGUUAGGAAGGCGAUAUUUCUGCUUGGAAUCGAACUCGCAGCGCGUGCAUCGAUGACACACCUUACGAUGUAAAGCCUAAACACUCCCAAUAUUAAAGAUAAUUAUAUGGCUAUACAAUAUUAAGUGCCCUCAAUUAAACGUUUAUAUUUCUUAAACUUUCAUCGAUUUAUUGGAAUUGCAAUGCAUCAGUGCUUUCAAAACAGGGUGGGUGUACCUAUCCAUAAAAUCAAAACAAUCAGACUGUUCACUAACGUUUAAAGAAUAAUGCAUUUACAUUUUCUGAGCAUUUCCCGCAAAUCCAUAUCAAAGAAUAUUAAACAUACAUUAUGCAAGAGCAAUCUAUCUAUUGCAGGUCU